GAUAUCCUCCCUCCAACUCAUCCACCUCACGAGGAAUCCGCACUCGCUUUUGCUCGGCAAUUUAUUGCUCAGGGUUCUUGCUGGGUGGUGGUGGUGGGUGGUGGGAGCAGUAGUUCACAAGAGCGAGCUGUUCUUGUGUGCGUGGUUCUAUGCCUGCUUGCUUGGCGUGGGGAGGAGGAGGAGGCGGAGCAGUGGGAGUUGAGGGGUGCAGGUGCCGGCAUUGUUGAGACGGCGCGGGGAGAUCAGGCGAUGUCGGAGGCCGACCGGGUACGCCUCCGCGCGGCGGCGCUGGCGCUGCAGGACGAUGGGGUAAGGGACAAGCCGGACGCCAAGGCUAACGUCUUCGCGGAUCUUGGCUCGCCGGUGUCGCCGCUGCGGCCGCGGGCAAGCGUGGCGACUUCGUCGUCCUCGUCGUCCGGGUCGGCCAAGUCACCGGUGCCGUCGAAUGCUGGGAUGGCUGGCGGGAGGAGGCACUCCGGCGAGCUAGUGGCGGAUUGCAAUCCGCCGCGGAUGACGGGGCACCGGCGGUGCGGAUCUGGGCCGUUGAUAUUCUCCGGCGGCAGCAGCGGGGGGAGCGGCGGCGGCGGCGGAGACCGUGGGAGCACGGCGAGCUCGCCGAUGCUGAAUGCGCUCCCCACCGGGAACAUCUGCCCGUCCGGGCGCAUCCCGGCGGCGGCGGCCGCGCCGCCUCCGCCGCGCUCCCGCCCGGACGUGCUCGGAUCCGGCACGGGCCACUACGGCCAUGGGAGCAUCAUGCGCGGCGCGGGCAUGGCCCCCGCCAGGAGCAGCAUUGACUCCCCGUCGUCCCUCGGACACUCCUCGAGGUCGCCGUCGAGCUCACCGGCAAGCGGCGGGAGCCUUCAGGAGGUGACCCGCCUGGGGAACGAGUGGUACAAGAAGGGCAAGUACGCGGAGGCGCUCCGCCACUACGAGCGCGCCGUGUCGCUUUGCCCCGAGAGCGCCGCGUGCCGCGGCAACCGAGCCGCGGCGCUCAUAGGACUUGGCCGGCUCGCCGACGCGCUCCACGAAUGCGAGGAGGCCGUUCGGCUCGACCCUGCCAGCGGCCGCGCCCACAGCCGCCUCGCCGGCGUCUGCCUCCGGUUGGGGAUGAUUGAUAAGGCCCGGAGGAACUUCACCCAGGCAGGUCAUCUUCAGCAGUCUGAUCCCGCUGAGUGGCAGAAACUGCAGGAGGUGGAGAUGCAUCUUGGAAGAAGCACUGAUGCACGGAAAAUUGGAGAUUGGAAGAGUGCAUUGAGGGAAGCUGAUGCUGCCAUUGCUGCUGGCGCUGACUCCUCUCAGUUGCUUCUUGCCUUGAGAUCAGAAGCACUCCUCCGACUUCACAAGCUGGAGGAGGCCGAGUUGACUCUUGCAAGCUUGCUGAAAUUGGAUGUUGCAUUGCCCUUGUCAUUAACAGCAGUGAAACUCUCAGGCAUGCUCGCUGAGUCGUAUGUACAUAUUGUCCGAGCCCAAGUUGACAUGGCUUUGGGGAGGUUUGAGGCUGCUGUUGCUGCAGCUGAGAAGGCUAGAGAUCUUGAUCCUGGGAAUGCAGAAGUGGGGAUGAUUCUGAAUAAUGUGAGGCUAGUUGCUAAAGCCCGAACACAAGGAAACGAUCUCUUUAAGGCUGCCAAGUUUUCUGAUGCAUCUAUAGCCUAUGGUGAAGGGCUCAAGUAUGAUCCCUUAAAUUCAGUGCUCCACUGCAAUCGAGCUGCUUGCUGGUCAAAGCUAGAAAAGUGGGAAAGAGCUGUUGACGACUGCAAUGAGGCACUAAGAAUACAACCAAAUUAUACAAAGGCUCUCUUAAGGAGGGCUGCGUCCUACGCUAAGCUUGAGCGUUGGGCUGAUUGUGUGCGGGAUUAUGAGGUGCUUCGGAAAGAGCUUCCUAGUGAUAAGGAGGUUGCAGAAGCACUAUUCCAUGCCCAAAUUGCCUUGAAGGCGACUCGUGGUGAGGAUGUAUCAAAUAUGAAGUUUGGAGGAGAGGUAGAGAUUGUAACCAAUGUAGAGCAACUCCGUGCUGCCAUAGGUUCUCCGGGGGUAUCUGUUGUCUACUUCAUGUCGGCAAUGAACCAGCAAUGCACACGAAUCACACCUUCGGUGAACACUCUCUGCACUGAAUGCCCCUCGGUGAAUUUUCUGAAGGUAAACGUAGACAGCAGCCCUCUGGUGGCAAAGGCAGAGAAUGUUCGGAUAGUCCCGACAUUCAAGAUAUAUAAAGAUGGGGUGAAAGUGAAGGAGAUGAUCUGCCCGACUUUACAUGUUCUGAGCUACACUGUGCGUCACUAUUCUGUAUCCAGUUCUUGAGAAGCUUUAGGUACCGGUACCCCAAUUUCCCAUUUUCGUUGAUGCAUAGAGCUCCCCUUUUCCCCGUCAAACUUGCAGCAUUACCAGCCUCCAGAGCAUCCUCACCACCUGCAUAACUAUUCCCAUUGAGCUUGAGCAUAAUGAGCUAAGACUAUCGAGUGGAAGAGCCGCCCAAUUCCCCCAUCUUCUUUCGUUUUCGCCUUUUUAUCGUUCAUCCGUUCAUAUGCCAACCCCAUUCAAUUCAAUAAUUCUUUUUCAUGUUCAGGCUCCUUUCACCUCAGAUGUAUUUUGAUACUCCAUUUUGAUUUACCUCUAUCAUAGUCCAUAGGCCAGCCAGCACCCUGCUUCUCAAGAAUGGGAAAUGUUUGUAAUGUUGUCUAGAUUUAGCAUACAUCUUUUAGGGAGGGGGGAGGGGGUUGCGAUUUUCGUUACAUGUAAAUACCUUAUAGGAAAAACAUGAGAGAAAUCCAUUGGAAGAUUGGUUUCCCUGGAGAAAAAAAAAGAGAAAGAGAAAUGGUGGCAUCAGAUUGAGAUGAGAUUUUGGUGGUUGGGGUCAGGUACAGGGCUAGUAGCUAUUUUGAGUUUCCAUUAGAGUCUUUGUCUGUCUAUCUAUCUAUGUUUAGAGAGAGAGAGGGGUUAACUGAUGAUGGAGAGAGGUUGAGAAGGAUGGUUGGUGUCCAUUGAAUAUGAUGAUGACAUGUCGUUUUGCUGCUUCUGCUGGCUUUGUGGCGCCGAUACCAUAUAUGUGCUACCAUUUCCAUGAAUAAAAACAUCGCAACAUUCGUUGGUUU